AGAUAAUGUCUAAGGAAAUGAAAAUAAAACAGCUCAAACAGGAGAUCAAAGAUAUCAAGCGUAAACGAGAAAAAGACAAGAUUGAAACGGAAGAUUCAGAGUCAUCUAGCAUUUUCCAACAAAUGCAUGUUUUCAAUUCCAAUUUAUCGUCUGAUAGUCACCAGCGAAAACCUAAGCGGCGAGAAACGAUGCCUAAAACUUCGAAUAAAACUAACAAAAGAAAGUAUUCUCUACCUAAUCAUUUAAGCAUUCCAAAUGCUAUAAACCAAUCUCAAGCUACUAAUGAUCGUAAAGGAG